UUAAAAGUAAAGAAUAGCUAAAAACAAUACAAAUUAAAUCAAAUAAUUAACAAAUUGUUAGUCUAAUUUUAAUUUUUAAAAUGGUUUUUUUAAAUGGGCUAUUCAAUUUUUUAUAGAAAAAAUAAAUUAUACUUAUUUCUACUGUUUUAAUUAUCUUAUUUUCUUACAUAGUUUAUUUAACAAACGCAGCAGAAACUUGCUAUGGUAUCGUUCUUGAUGCUGGAUCUUCAGGUACCAAAGUAUAAAUUUAUCAAUGGCCUUGCUUGCGCUCUUCUUAAGUGCCACAUUUUAAUUUGAAUGCUACAUAAUCUAAAAAAUUUCAUGAACCACUUGCACAUUUUUAAGGCUAGACUCAUAAAUUAAAAGCUUAUUUUGAUGAUAUUUUUAGCUAUAUUAACGAAAAAGUUCCAUUUAUUAUGAGACAAUAAACCCCAAUAAUUUUAGGCGCUACUGCUGGUAUGAGACUACUAGACUAAUAAAUACAGAGUGAAAUUAUUAAUGAGUCGAAAGCAUUACUUAGCCAAUAGGGAUAUUAUUUUCCUUAAUCUAAAUAAAACGAAUGGUGUUCUAUAUUAACUGGCUAGUAAGAAGGAGCCUAUCUUUGGGUAUCUGUUAAUUAUUUACUGAAUAUGCUCACUUUCAACUAGAAUCAAGUUACUUUAACUGUAGCUACUAUCGAACUUGGAGGAGCCUCAACUUAAAUUGCAUUUCUACCGAAAACAAAGCGUAUUGAGAAUAAUCAGUCGUACGAUUUUGAUAUGGUAAUAAAUGGCUUCAAUGAUUGGCAUAUUUAUACUUAUUCUUAUCUGGGUUAUGGUAAAUUAAAGGCAAGAAAAAAUAUUCUUCUUUCUCAAAACCCAACAAGCUCGUUUAUUAUACACUCUCCAUGCUUUUUUAAUGGUUAUGAAGGCAUUUAAAAGAUAAAUGAUGUUUUAUAUAAAAUAAAAGGACUUGGAAUAUACUCAGAAUGUCGUUAAUCAAUAUUAAAUUAUUUAGAUGUCAACAAAAAUAAUUGUCUUUUUUAAGAUGUAAAGCAAUGCGCUAUGUAAAACCAAUAUUAAUAUCUCUUACCUGCUCAUAUGGUUAUAUAUGCAUCAAGUGGAAUUUAAAAAGCUGCCCAUUUACUAGGGUUUAAUAAUUAAUUUAUUUUAAGAGAUUUUUCAUAAAAAACUGAGUAGCUUUAUUCAUUAUCAUGGAAAGAUGCUUCUCUCUAAUUUCAAGACGAAGAAGAUUUAGGAAAUAUUCUAUUUUUGAUUACUUAUGUAGAGAAUUUAUUAAAAUUUGGUUACAAUAUCGAAAUUGAUAGAUAAAUAUUUGUACCAUAAAAAAUUAAUUCAGUUAGUCCAGGAUGGACUCUUGCUUUACUGAUGUAAAGAGUUAGUUAAUUAUCUUGUAGGGAAUUAUAUGGAUAAAUUUGUUUAGAAUUAGUAAAUGAUAUUAAUUAUUGAGAAUAUCUUAUUUGUAAAUAAAAGUUGAUAUUUAUUUUAUUAUUUUGUUCAAACCUUAAAUAAACAAUGCUUUAUUUAACCUACAUUCAUUAUUUGGUGCAAUUAGUUUUAUAUCUUACUUCAAAUAAACAUAAUAAAUAUUAUAAACCCUCAUUAAUUAGCACCACAG